AUGUUGUGUGCUCAGAUCCUGGCCCUGGCAGUGGCUGUGGGGCAGUACAGAGCUGUGGCUGUUCAUGAAGCAUGCAGGACAGCAGAAGUGGCUGACAUUUUAUUCCUUGUGGGACAGUCACAGGGCUCAGGAAGAGUGAGAUCUCAGCUGGUCAAAGACUUCAUCAGCAGCAUGGUCCGUUCCUUUGAGGAUGUGGUGAUGGGCAAAGGAGGCAUCCGGCUGGCCGUGGCACUCUACGGGGAGAAACCAAGGAUGAGUAUUGAGCUUGCAGAUUAUGUGACUAUUGAAGACAUGCUGGUGGCAGUUCAGGAUCUCUCCUUCAAAGGCAGCAUCUUACGAACAGGGUCAGCCCUGGCAUUUGCAGCUCGCUCCAUGUCUCAUCUGGACACACUGCGAGAGGCUGCAGCAAAGGUAGUUGUUUUGAUCACAGAUGGGAAAUCCAACGACUCAGUUGAAGAUGAAGCCCAGGGCCUGCAGGCUGGGGGGGUGACAGUGUUUGCGAUAGGAAUUAAGGAUGCUGACAAGAAUGAACUUAGCAAAACAGCUUCAGAGCCCACUGCAGAGCACGUGCUUUAUGUUGAAGAUUUCCACCAGCUCCACAGCGUAGCCUCCAAGCUCUCUCGAAGGCUCUGCUUCACUGCCUCGGAGCCACCACGCCCCACCAAGCAGGCUGGGCAAGCUGAGAAGAUCAUUGGUCCCUGGGAUUUGUAUGUCAGUGAGCAAAGCCACAGCUCACUGCGACUCACAUGGAUGCCAGCUACAGGGAGGGUGACAGGCUACCACAUCCACCUCCAGCCUUUGCUGCCUUCAGGACAGCCCCUUUCAGAGGACCAGCAGCAGAUUGUGGUGGGUGAUGACAAAAACACCGUGCUCGUGACUGAUCUGAAACCCAACACCAACUAUGCCUUCACAGUAAGGGCUGUCUAUGCAGACACCCUUGGGGAGUCAGCAGCUGUCAAGGGGAAAACAACACCUGAGCCUCCAGUCACCAAUUUCCGUGUGAUAGAAGAAGGACUUUUUAGCUUGAAGGUAGCUUGGACACCUCCCCUGGGCAAGCUGGAGGGCUACAAGAUCUACAUCCCCAGAGCCAACAGACAAGGAAUGGCCUAUAAGCAGGUUCUACAAGGUGAUGUCUCUUUCCAUGUGCUGCAUAACUUGCAGGAGGACAGAGAAUACAGCAUCAGCAUCUAUGCAGUGUACCCUCAGGGGCCAAGCCAGCCUGUGGCUGCCGUGGGGAGAACAUUGAAACUCCUGCCUGUGAAAAGCAUCUUGCUGCAGAAUGAAACCACAGACACACUCCAGGCAAGGUGGAGCCCUGUGCGGGGAGCAACAGGCUACAGACUCACUUGGACAUCAGCAGUCAAGAAGACCCAAGGAGGUUGGUACUCCUUGGCCCUGACCCCAAGGGAGCUCAGACAUCAUUUCCCUUUGCAGAGGGCAGCAAUCCAGGACGUGAACCUGAGCAAUGCCUACAGCUACUACAUGAUGCAGGGGCUGCAGCCUGGCACGGAGUACAUGGUCACCAUCAACCCUGUCUUUGGGGAUGUCGAGGGGCCAGUGGUGAGCGGGAAAGCAACAACAGUGGCAUCAAGCACUGUCCAGAUGCUGAAAGUGAGUGAGAUAUCCAUCAACAGUGCUCUGGUCUCCUGGGAUGCAGUUGCUGGAGCCACAGGCUACCGAAUGACAUGGGGUCCUAUACCAGAGUUCUUUGGCAGAGGCCGUCCUCGUCAGCUGGCCCUCAACAGGUCAGUCACAGCCUACCAGCUCCGCAACCUGGCCCACGACACUGAGUAUGUGAUUUCCCUCUAUGUGCUCUUUGGCUCGCUGGAGGGACCAGGGAUCACCACCUCAGCCAGGACACUUCCUCUUGGCUGUGUCUCUAAUUUCAAAGUGAUGUCCUACACCAGCACAAGCUUGUCUUUGAUGUGGAGUGCCAUGGCAGCUGCCACCAAAUUCAAAGUCACCUGGAGCCCUGUGAGAGCAGGCAAAGAGAAACAGGUUGGCAAGACUCAGUACCUGGGCAGUAGAGUGUUGGCUUACAGGAUUGACCACUUGCUGCCCAACACCCUGUACAAAGUCAGAAUUCAGGCUGUCUUCAGCAAGACCGAGGGACCAGAGGUGACUCUGACUCACCAUACAGCAUCUCUUACAGACUCCGACCCCAUCCAGCCCAUCCAUGAUCUGAGGAUUACUGACACUGGUGUAAAUAGUUUGGAGCUGGCUUGGAGGAGGCUUCCUGGAGUAACUUACUACAAGAUGUCUUGGGUGCCAUUUGAUGCACCUGGUGGCUUGGAAACCUCCCAGCUGACUGCAGCAGACGCAGUCUCCUUCACAAUUCCCAGACUGAAGGAGAGCACCACCUACACCAUCUCUAUGUCUGCAGUGAUGGGAGAACAGGAGGGAAACCCCACGCUCCUCACAGCCAAAACCUUGGAUUUACCCAAAGUGACUGAGUUCACAGUGCAGGAGGCUGCAGAGACCAGUGUUUUGCUGACUUGGACAGCUGCUCCUGGAGCAUCCACAUAUCUACUAAAAUGGCACUUGCCCUCAGCUUCUGAUCUUUCCCAGGAACUGUUACCAGCAGCUUCUAGAUCGUAUCGAGUGAGAGGACUGAGCCCCAAAGAAAUGUAUUUCUUUUCUAUAAGAGCAGUCUUUGGAGAGACAGAGGGACCAGAGACAACAAUCUUUGGGCACACAGCAGGACCUCACAGAGAGUCACCAGUGCCAAUCACUCCAGUGAUUUCUACAGAAUUGGAUACCAUGAGAUCCCCACCCGUAUCUCCUAGCAAUGUGGAAACUAUUCUUCUUCCACUAGCCACCACCACAGCAUUACCAACAACUCCAGAGACCCCACUAUCGACCGCUGCAGCAUCAACAUUGCUGACCACCCUCCCUGGGCCAAUCUGUGGCAAGCUCAAAGCAGAUGUUGGUUUCCUGGUGGAUGAGUCCUCAAGUAUUGGCCAGAGCAAUUUCAACAAAGUGAAGGAUUUCCUCUUCUGGAUAGUUUCCUAUUUUCCAAAGAUUGGCCCUGAAGGGACGCAGGUUGCUGUUGCUCAGUACAGCGAGGAGUCCUGGGCAGCUUUUUACUUCAACCAGUACCGUGACCACAACAGCGCCCUGAAAGCCAUCAAGGGUUUGCACUAUGGUGGAGGCAACACAAAAACAGGUCGUGGUAUAACCUACAUGCUGAAGGAGUUAUUCCAGCCCUCCAAAGGGAUGAGACCAGGUUUCUCUCAUGUGAUGGUGCUUGUGACUGAUGGGCAAUCCCAGGAUGAUGUGUUGCCACCAGCCAGAGCAGCCCAUGCUUUAGGGAUCCGUGUCAUCGCUGUGGGUGUCUCAGGAGCUGACCCCACUGAGCUCAACAGCAUCUUGCUGCAGCAGAACCUCCAGAAUGUUUUCUAUGUCAGCACAUUCGACGACUUCCCUCAGAUCCUCCAAGAGCUGAUUGAAGUCAUUUGUUCUGACCUUCAGCCUUCACAGGCUGAGCUACCAUCUAGGGAGGUUGCCAGACAUGAAGCCGACCAGCAAGUGCCAUUUGAUGACACAGAGAACAAGCCAUAUGUCCCUGAUCCUUCAUCAGCUGAACAACAUAUCAGAAAAGAGAAGGAGACUUGUGGACCUUGGUGUUUAAAGGGUGAACCAGGUUAUGUCCUGGGAGGAGUGGAGGUGAUUCCUGGUCAAAAUGGUCAGCCUGGCACUCCCGGGCAGAAAGGGCAGCUGGGAACUCCAGGAGUAGCAGGACCACCAGGCUUACCAGGGCCUCAGGGACCACCAGGAAUCUCCAUCAAGGGUGAACCAGGGGAUUCAGGUAUCAGGGGCCCUCGUGGGAGGAAUGGCCUCAAGGGUGACAGAGGAGGCAUGGGAGAGCUGGAGAAACCUGGCUUGCCAGGCCCUGUAGGGCUAGAUGGUGUUCCUGGACUGCCUGGACCAAGAGGAGAAAAGGGACUCCCAGGACUUCCAGGGCAGAAGGGAGACCAAGUUUUGGGACCUCCAGUCAAGAAAGGUGUCAGGGGAGAUACUGGGCCAGCUGGUGCCCUGGGACCACAGGGAGACAAAGGGAUACAAGGAGAAAAAGGAGAGAAGGGGAGUCCAGGGUUUGGCAUUCCUGGUCAGCCUGGGCUGAAGGGAGAUCAUGGUGACAGGGGAAACGUAGGUUUGUCUGGAAAACCAGGUCAGAAGGGGUACAUAGGUCUGAAGGGAGAGAAAGGUGAACCAGGAACACCUGGGAAACCAGGCGAGACCGGACUAAGAGGUAAAGAUGGAGAACCAGGGAGGAAAGGCACCUCUGGGACUACGGGAGAAGAUGGUGUCCCUGGAGCACCAGGAGAGAGAGGAAUCAGGGGUCCACAUGGACUCCCAGGAAGGCCUGGAGAGCAAGGGAUAAAAGGCAAUACAGGACAACCUGGAAAAGAUGGACAUCAUGGGAUGGAUGGCUUGAAAGGUGAAAGAGGUCCUCCAGGCCCAAAGGGAGAACCUGGUCCACCAGGCAAAGGAGUGGAAAUAAAGGAUCUGGAGAGGCUUUUUGAAGCUAAUGGUAUCAAGUUGGCACUGCUGAAGGACCUCUCCAAUGCACUCCUGUGGGAUGGGCUGGAUGGGUUGGUGCAACAGCUGAGUGACUCCAGGACUAGCAAGACCUCUAGGAGAAAGCAGGGAGCUCUGCAUGCCAUUGAGCACAGUGAUUCACUGGUGUUUGUUACUACUUGUGAUGGCCUGGCCAGCACUGAGGUGACAGAAGAAGCACAGAGCCUGGAGGUGGAGGCUCAGUUUCAGGUGACAGUGUCAGGAGGACUCCUUAAGGGCCCAUCUUCUGGUGGUUCUGAACCUGAGCCCCAGUCCCCAGGAAAUCCUUCUGAGUCCUUGGAGAAAACAUCUGAGGAAAGAAGGAAGGAGAGAGACUCCAGGGAGACAAAUGCUUCUCUCAGCAGUGGCUUGUCUGUGCUCCAACCAAACCCAGAAGAUGAUCUACAAGGAAACCAGUCCAUAGAGCUUCUUGAGUCCUUGGAGAGAGCAGAAAGACAACCAAAGCAGGACACUAUCCAUGAAAAUGUGAAUUCAGAUGAUGUCCCUGCACUCCCAAUGCAUGUUAGAGCAAGGAGAUCCUCUGAGCACGAGAAGCACAUGGUUCAUCUCCCUGGUGCCCCAGGAGCAAGGAAAUCUCCACCUGGAUCUGCAUCCAAGGCACACCCAGGCCCUCUUCACCCAAGGAGAAUUAAGAAGGAGCAAACUGGCCCAGAAGAUCCACCUUCUCCUGGCCCAAAGGGAGAAAUGGGAGCUCCGGGAAUCCGCGGAGACAAAGGAGAAAAGGGGCAGCCUGGGGAGAUGGGAGAACCUGGAGAAAGGGGCACCAAAGGAGACAGAGGUGAAAUCGGUCAGAAGGGAGAACCAGGAAUUGGGUUAAGAGGUCCUGCUGGUCAGGCUGGACCAUCUGGACUUAAGGGUGAGCCAGGGGCCCCAGGACCUCCAGGAGCUGAAGACAUCCAGGGCAUUCGUGGCAAUGCUGGAACCCCUGGGUCACAGGCGGAUAGAGGGCCUCCAGGUCUGCCUGGCAUGCCAGGACAGAAGGGGGAGUGUAGGAAGACAGGUCAGAAUGGAUUUACUGGGCCCAGGGGGCCACCAGGAUCCCCAGGAAAAGAGGGAAUUCCUGGGACACCUGGACCCAAAGGCAACAAGGGGGAAAUUGGUGUUGGAGCAGCUGGCCCAAGAGGCCCUCAUGGACUGCCUGGUCCUAGGGGUGAUGAGGGCAUCGUGGGACUCCGGGGUCCUGCUGGCAUGAUGGGUCUAAAAGGCUUCCCAGGUGUGAAAGGAGAAAGAGGUGAUCGAGGACUUCUGGGACCCAAAGGAGAAAGAGGUGAGCAAAUGACUAUUUUUGGACCCCAAGGUUAUAAAGGCAGUAAAGGAGAUCCUGGUGAACAGGGCCUGCCAGGUUUUGAUGGAGACAAAGGGGAGAAGGGAGAGGAUGGACCUGUAGGAGAAAAGGGAGCCAAAGGUGAAGCUGGUUCUAAGGGAGUGAUGGGGCUUUUUGGAACAAGAGGACCUGUAGGACAGAAAGGGGACUCAGGAGAACCAGGCUUGCCAGGCUCUGCUGGUGCAGCAGGUCUCAAUGGGAAAGAUGGAAGCAAGGGAGCCAAGGAUGACAGAGGUCUUCAAGGACAGAAGGGGAAAGGACAAAAAGGUGACCCUGGAACCACUGGUGAUACUGGGCAGAAAGGAGCAAAGGGCUCACAAGGGCUUCCAGGACAUGUCGGCACAUCUGGAGCCAAAGGCAUCAAGGGAGAAAUUGGCAGUCCUGGAAAACCAGGGAUCCCAGGAUCAGCUGGAUCAGAUGGACCAAAGGGUGAACAGGGAGCAUCAGGGGACAAUGGUGCCUCAGGGAUCCCUGGGGAGAAAGGAGAAAAGGGGGCCAAGGGAGUUCCUGGCUUGGGAGGCUUCAAAGGACAGAUGGGAUGGCCUGGGAAGACUGGAGUUGCUGGACCAGAUGGACCUCAGGGGCCACAGGGUGAACCAGGGCCACAGGGUCCACGAGGGAGAAGAGGGAGAGCUCAGAUCUGUCUCAGAGGACCCCCAGGCAUGGACGGGCAAAAAGGAGAAAUGGGUGAAAAUGCUCCAACUGGCCAGAAAGGAGAAAAAGGAGAUCCUGGUCUUUCUGAGGAAGAGGUGAAGGAGGUGGUCAGGAGCGAAACAAGAGGCAGAUGCGGUCUGGAGGCAGCUGAAAUCAACAGGCAGCUCCAAGGGUAUUUUCAGCUUCGAGGACACAGCAGAAGUGAUGGUGAAAGCCAGGAAGAAAUGUUCAACAAUACUCAGAGCAUGACCAUGUUGGUGACUUCAGUGAAGCCCUUCAUGCAGCCACCUUCACCUAUCACAGCUCCCUGGGCACAGCCAAGGAUGGGUGUCUCUCAGCACAGGCGUCGAGAAGCCCGCAGUCAGUUACCAGCAAAAUGCCUGGUGCGACCCAUGGAUGAGGGCUCCUGCCACCACUACACCCUGCUGUGGUACUAUCACCAAAAGGCCAACACCUGCAGACCCUUCAUCUUUGGGGGAUGCCAAGGGAACAGCAACCGCUUCAAAACCAAGUGGAAGUGCGAGCAGCGGUGCAAGCCCUCAGCAGGUUAG